GUGACUCUCAAUCGGCGACCAGCAUUUCCGGCGUAUGUGUCACGGAGGUGUCGGCUCCUUGCGGGGAUAAAGCUGUCAUUUUUCUGCGGAAGAAAGCGGCUGUUCCAAGUCAUGGAGUUUCCCCAACAUUCCCAGCAGCUCUUGUCCGCCCUACGGUCCCAGCGCCAGCGGGGCUUCCUGUGCGACUGCACCGUGCUGGUGGGUUCCUGCCGUUUCCUGGCUCAUCGGGCCAUUCUGGCCUCCUGCUCACCUUUCUUCCACAUGUUCUACUGCGAUUCUCUGAGCGGCAACGCUGCGUCCAGCAGCUCCGUCACUCUUGACAGUGACAUCGUCUCGGCGCCCGCCUUCAGCCUCCUGCUGGACUUCGUUUACGAAGGCGUGCUGCAGCUGGAGAAGUCGCCGCCCGUGGAGGACGUGUUGGCGGCGGCAAGCUUCCUGCACAUGAACGAGGUGGUGAAAGUGUGCAAAAGGAUACUGCAGCGACAAAGGCCUUUGACGGAGGCAGAUAGCACUCGCCCUGAGGAGAGCCUGACGAAGGCAACAGAGUUCAGCAGACAUGAUCUUGGCACUGAAACUGUGCUUACCAUGCCGACAGAUCACUUAAAUCCUGUCGCUACGGAAGCCGACCUCACGUCGAUAGCUGCAAUGUCAGGAAGUAGUUGGUUGAAGUCGGAGCACAGGACUGAUGCCGGUUCAUCCGAAGCAAGAGUCCACACUCCCUUGAGUCCGAAUCUGGCUGACACCACCCAACCAGGCAUGGAAGCCACUUUUCAGUUGUCCAAUGGACAGCAGGAGGGCCUUGCUGCCGGACGGUCUAGGCUCGGGUCUGAGGGAACCAUCAAGUUGGGGGCCGGUCAUCAAAGCGAGGGCUUAGCUCUCUGCAGCCCAUGCAGCACCACUGAAACAUACAGUCACACCCAGCAGCCGUCCUCGUCUUCACUGGUCUCAGACGUACAGUCGCUGGCUCUUCCCCAAACACAACCUCCGGAGUGUGAUCGCCGGUGUGCGACGGAGCGAGACCCCCACGUGGUCGUGGCGGCCCACGCUCCAGCUCCACCCUCACACACACAAAAUGAGCCGCCACAUCCGCACAUCCAAAUCCAGAGUUCCUUCUCAGCCCAGGAGGGAAGAGCAAACUCCCGCACGGUCACUCCCAACAGUCCUCACGGAAGAGCUCACCCUCACCAAGAGGACAAUGGUGGUGAGACCAUGACGGUCAAAGUGGAGGCAAUUGUUAUUUCUGAUGAAGAGGAGGAAAAGGAUAUAUGUCGGCAGAGUGGGCCAGUGAUGGAUGAGGACUCUGACGAUGACCUCCAGGAUGAGGAGUUGAACCAACUCUCCUCCCGCCACAUCUCCUCCGACUACACUUUCGCUCUUUCCCCUUCUUCCUCCUCCUGCUCCGGGGCCGGCCCUUCCUCCUUCCCUCCCCCGUCCACGGCCCGGCCCCACCCGGACCUCGCAACCUUUGGGACGGUCUUCCAGGACACCCUGGGGGCAACGGCGGAGGAUGUCCCCACGUGCUGCGUCUGCGGCAAGACCUUCUCGUGCACGUACACGCUGCGCCGCCACGCCAUCGUGCACACCAGGGAGCGCCCCUUCGAGUGCCGCUACUGCUACCGCAGAUACACGCAGUCCGGCGACCUCUACCGACACAUCCGCAAGGCCCACGACCAGACGCUGCCGGCCAAACGCAGCAAAGCUGAUGUGGAGAACACGCUGCUGCCACAAGCUCCGCCUCUCAGCCAGCAUACAGAAACACACUCCCUCAACCAAAAUACAGCAUUUUAACUUCAUUUGUCAAGCGCUCAAAAUCCCUGAAACGCCCCUGAAGACGCCUUCUAAGUAGUGUUACUGUCGCACAUAUGUGCAAAUGAAACGAUAGCGACAGACUGCAGAAGGAAACGCCAAUACCGAAGAUUCUUAACAGCAUGUUGGCCCUCUCCGUGAGAUAUUUAUGUCAUAAAAAACACAAGUAUAUGGUGUA